AUGGUAUGUGUAGAAUUUGCAUUCCAGGAGGCAACUGACUUAUGUCAAUAUUCGCAGCAGAAGGACCACCGAUUGGGAUGGGUUGCCCGAUCGGAGUGGCGUGAAGAACUUGUCCGUUCUCAAGAUGAUAUACAUCAUUGCCAGAAGCUCCAUCACCAGCCAGCACAUACUGCACUUGAGCAGGUGUACCUAGCACUCCUUCUGAGGUGACGUUCAAGGUAUUAUUGGCCAAAUCGUCAUGAAGCUUCUUUGAAUCCUCACGAGGAACGAUGUCGAUCAGGAAAUCGAAGUGCUCGAAUCUACUUGCCGCAGCAGCAAUAUCUGACUGCAAUAUAA